AUGGGCUCUGAGACUGGCGAGACUCGCCACCGGCGAACACGGGCAAACACAACGAAGCUUCCUGGCCCCUUGGAUGCUUCGACCAAGUGUCCGAAAUGCAACUGGCGUGCAAGUGAAGAAAGGAGAAGUAAUGAUCUUGAAACCGUUCUAUCUCAAUUCCAGGACACUUGCGCGAUGUGCACGAUCUGGAAACGGUGUAUCCAAGUUUGUCAAGCGGCUGCUGGCCGAGCACGAUACGUUAUAGUGGAAAACAACCACAUACAAAUAGAAGGGGGCUUCGACACUAUUACCUAUGAGUUCUGUUUGUACAAGGACCCCGGUCUGCCGUGUCCCUUACCCCUCCCGGAGCGGCCUGAUGUAGCCCAUCGGGCUGAUUCUAAGCAAUGUUUAGAGUAUGCCCGCUAUUGGCUUACCAAGUGUCAGACGGAGCAUGCAGAAUGUUCACUCGCGAUGCCUACGCAACUACCAACAAGGGUCCUCGAUAUCACACACAAACAGCCUUGGCUGUUUGUGAGUAACGGGCAAGUCGGCAGUUAUGCGGCCCUCAGUUAUGGUUGGGGGAGCAAGAGGAACUUCACCACUACCCGAGACAUGUUAGAUAUUUUCACUGCAGGUAUUCCGGUUGCGAAUAUACCAGCUACAAUCAUAGACGCAAUUCAGGUAGCGAAGUCGUUUGGAUACCAAUACUUGUGGAUUGAUGCUUUAUGCAUCAUUCAAGACGACCCGCAGGACUGGCAGAGAGAGGCAAGUCGAAUGGCUCAAGUGUACGGCAAUGCAGAUCUUGUAUUAGCUGCAAGCUCGGCGACAGAUUCAUACGAGGGUUUCCUCAACCAGGAACGCCGCCAUCCCGGGGGAUCCGUUUACUUUUAUGACGAACGAGAUCCUGCGAAGUCCUAUUGUAUCAAAUAUGGAUUAGGCGCUCGUUACCAAUGCACGCUUGACGAGGGCCCAUUAGCCAAGAGAGCAUGGGCAUUCCAGGAGAAGAUGCUAGCGCGACGUUAUCUUUGCUAUAGUCCUGAGGAAUUGUCUUGGCACUGUAAUGUCAUCGAGACUUGCGAAUGCUCUUAUGGCAGACACUCGAAACAUUUCCUCUAUGACAGUCCUCUGCCGAUGUACACUAUGAGGCAGUUAUCAAGGCAAACCGAUCGCAUUGUCGCAAUCUCUGCUGUGGCCACACGACUGGAGCAGAGGCUAGGAGACAUUUUUCGAUUUGGCUUAUGGGAGAGCCGAAUGGUCCACCAGUUGGGAUGGGAGCGCUACAUGCCCACUAAUCAGUGCAUCGCUGGAGUGCCAACUUGGAGUUGGGCAUCCGUAAGCGGAGUCCUGAGUUAUGACCCAGAAACGCAUCGCGCGGGAGCAAACACCAAGUUCUACCCAAUGCGGAGCUUCGAAAUUCCCAACGCUAUCAACUGCUUUAAUAUGCGCUUGGACGCCCCCUUGGUAUACAUCAAAUACCCGCGAAAAGAUGCGACACAUGGUUUUACAACCCUUCGAAAUGAUGCGAUAGCACUGCCUGGCAUUGCCUGGCGCUCAAUAUACGGAGCAGGUCCACCGUCGUCGCAAGUAUGGUGUAUGCCUUACUCGACAGCUAAAGCAUAUCUUCUUUACCCAGAAAGCGAUAACGAAAGCGAUAUUAAUACACCUUUUGAGUUUUUGCGACACAGGUUUAUGUUGUUUGGCCGUUCGCUCCGAUAUCCGGGAGCAUUCGAGAGGCUCGGUAUCGCCAUAAUACAUCAGCUCCCGCACGAGAUAGCAAAGGAUAUGGGAGCAUUCCUAGAGGAAGUAGCACCUACAUUAAUCUCGAUUGUAUAA